UUCCUACUUUGCACCUCUUUCACCAAAGUCUGUUCUGAUUGGUCCUUCUAGUCAUUAGGUUUGUAAGCAUCAUUUUUCCCAGGGGCAGCUUCUCUCCAGUGUCAUCACAAACCCCGGCUUCCUAUUGGUCUCCCUGGGUUCCAAAGGAAUUGUGCCAUCACAUUCCUGACAGAUGGGCUCCAGGAGAAUGUAAAGCAAAGGACUGUCCUGGGUCCAGCACAGAAGGCUCCCCACCGAGGGCUGCUCACCUGCCCUGGGGACUCAGAACACACAUGACCUGCCCUACUGAAACUCAGGCAGGCACUUCCCCAGGAAGCCCCAGAAUCCCAAGGAUACACGGGAUACACUGAGCCCCUGAUGCCCCUACCUCCUGCCACCACCCCUCCAACACCACAGACGCAGCCAGAAUGCCAGUCACCAAAUGUCCAAGAAAAUCCGAGCCACUGUGGAAAGGUUGGGACCAGAAAGCCCAGAAGAAUGGACUGAGACACCAAGUGUUUGCUGUGAACGGCGAUCACUACGUGGGCGAAUGGAAGGGCAACUUGAAACACGGGAAAGGAACACAGGUCUGGAAGCAGAGUGGUGCUAUGUAUGAAGGGGACUGGAAGUUUGGGAAGCGAGAUGGCUAUGGCAUCCUCAGUCAUCCUGACCCAGAAACUGGAAAGCUCAAGAGGGUGUAUUCAGGCUGGUGGAAAGGUGACAAGAAAUCGGGCUAUGGGAUCCAGUUUUUCGGACCCAAGGAGUAUUAUGAGGGUGAGUGGUGUAGCAACCAGCGCAGCGGGUGGGGACGCAUGUACUACAACCACGGAGACAUCUACGAAGGCCAAUGGAAGAACGACAAGCCUGACGGGGAGGGCAUGUUGCGGCUGAAGAACGGGAACCGGUAUGAAGGCAGCUGGGAGAGAGGCAUGAAGAACGGGCACGGGCGUUUCUUUCACCUGGACCAUGGCCAGCUGUUUGAAGGCUUCUGGGUGGACAACGUGGCCAAGUGUGGCACCAUGAUCGACUUUGGCCGGGAUGAGGCUCCAGAACCCACCCAGUUCCCCAUUCCUGAGGUGGAGAUUCUAGACCCAGACGGUGUGCUGAAGGAAGCAUUAGAUAAACUGAAGAAGCCUGAGGAAGAAGAGGACUGAUGCCAGGUGAGAAGACGCGGCUGUCUGUCACCUCUGAGAAAGCUGAGACCUCUCUGAACAAACAGUGCCGAUCAUCUGGUACCACUGAUGGGCGCAGAGCAAGAUCCAAGAGGGUGUGUUUCUUGCCUCCCCCAAUCCAGCUUUUCCUUCUUGGUUACUCCUCUUUGAAAUUCGUGUGCCUAGAUAACCCAGUGCAUUCCAGCCCUGCCUAGUUUGCCUCCAUUUUGUUCUUAGCCUCCCGGGGCGAGCUGCAGUCAGGUGAUUGGUUAGUCCCUUCUAAAGGACGUUGAAGGAGGCUGUGGUCCUUGGGCUGUCUUGAUAGUUGUUUGUGGGAGCUUGUCCUUGAGGGUGGCUCUGAGGCCUUAUGGCGAGGGUGUUGGUGGUUGUUUCUAAUCCUUAACUCCGACAUCAUCCCCACCUGUGCAGAGAUCGAACUGAGGCUCAGGAGAAUCUCUAGCCCUUGUCACCAAACUGCUCAGACCGGUGCACCUCCUGCAGAAGGAGCACGCAGUGACUCUGGGCACGCCCUUGGCUCCCUCAGAGGGCACCCACUCCUCCAGACGCUAGGUUAUUCUUGGCCACUGGAGGUGGGGUCUUUACACUAGCUUAUUCUUGGCCAGUGGAGGUAAGGUAUUGCUUCUCCCUGGCUGGUCUUGGGGACCCACUUGCCCAAAGCCUUUGCCCCUGUGGCUUUAUAUCAGUGUGCAUGAAAAUAAAGAAGGUGAUGGCCUUAAUCCAAGGGACUAUAGCUUGAGCAGGGGUGGGCAGGGUCUGAGGGACGGGAAAGACAGCCUCACCAACUAUGUAGAUUUUUUUCCCCUUGUGUCUGUGACAGGGGGACUUGAGGGUGCAAGGCAGAGGAGCAAGGAAGUGGUUUCAAUUCUACUGCCCGAGCUAACCCAGAGAGGAGAGUGAGCCUGCACUCUGCCAUCAUGCCCACCGAGACUUGAGAUUUAAACAUGUUCUCACCUCCUUAGCCUAACCCAAGAAUCCCGAGAGAGCUUUAAAAACUA